AUGCCAGACGCAUCGACUCUCCGCCGAAAAGCCGAGGCCGAGUCCGACGCUGAGCCUCCCAAAAAGGAAUCCCCACUCUCGCCCCUCGGCCUUGGCGGGCAAAUCGCGCGUCGCGAGUUCCCCCGCUACGGCGAUUUCGUCAUUCUCUACGGCAGCCACGCGCUCGUUCUCCCGGUCGUUCUCGAAAGAGGCCGCGUCUCCAACAGCCGACUCGGGAACUACAGACACGACGACAUCGUCUCCACAGCCUAUGGAUCCAAGGUCCAAGACCGCAAGUCGAAACGAUGGCUCGUCGUCUUACACCCCUCGCCCGACCUCUUCUCUCUCGCGCUCACACAUCGGACGCAAAUUCUCUACCACUCAGACAUCUCGCUGGUCUUGAUGCUGCUCGACGCAUGCCCGGGCAAACGCAUUUGCGAGGCGGGCACGGGUUCCGGCUCUCUGUCGUGCCAUCUUGCCAGAGCCGUUGCGCCCGUGGGACACGUCUUCACCUACGAGUUCCACCGGCAACGGAAACUGGACGCCGAGGCGGAUUUCAAACGCCUGGGUCUGGCCUCGCACCUCUCGUCCUUCCACCGGGACGUCUGUGCGGAAGGCUUCGUCAGGGUUCCAGCUGUUGGAAGCGAGGGCGAGUACGCAGACCUCGCUGCAACCUCGGCUUCUCCAGCUGCAGCCGGAGCCGCAAGCGCCGAGGGAUCUGACGCGCGUGCGGCGUCCGGCGCCUCUUGCGACGGCGACCCGCGAGAGCAGGCCGUGCCGGCGGCCGGAUCGAUCGACGGUCUUUUCCUCGAUGUCCCUUCGCCGUGGCUUGCCCUAGACCACGUGGAUACGGCACUCAGAGAAGGUGGCCGCUUCGUAAAUUUUUCGCCCUGCAUCGAGCAAGUCCAGCGGGUCUGCGAAUGUCUCCACGAACGUGGCUACCACGGCAUUCAAACAUUCGAAGUCUUUCGAAAGCCGUGGGGCGUGUGGACGACGAAACCUGCUGCGCGGUCGCUGGCGCCACGAGAGGGCGAAUCCCCAGCCGAGCCAGGCCUCGCUCGGGAUGCGAAGCGGCCGAAAAGAGGAGAUACAGAACCGCCUGCUGCUGAGGCUCCCAACCAGCCUCCGCCGCCGAGCGGAGGUGAAGGCAAAGUGAAGGAGACACAGAAACCAGCUGCGGCGACGGCGUCCCGGAAAGCAAACAGAAACAAGCCGAGGAGCGCCGACGACGGAGACGGAUGCCAGGGACUGGGGAGCGCGAAAGACGUUUCUCUCGCGACGUUUCCCCUGUUAAUCAGUCAGCUGUUGGGUCAGUCUGUUCCUGAGGAGUUCUGGACACCUGCAAUGCAGCUGGAAGGAUCCAAGAGCGAGGAGGGAGACUGCGAGCAAGGAGCUGGCGCCAGCAAGAGUCCCCGUGACGGCGGUUGCGCCUCGCGGACUGACGGCUCUUCUUCCGCAAAGGAAGGAUUCAUCGGCAUCGACAGAACACAGACGGAGGCAAAGCGCAGGAUUGUUCCUAUCGAUUUUGAAGCGACACAUUAUCCGUUGCCACUGCGAGGCCACACGGGCUACCUCACGGUGGCUGUGAAGCAGCGAACUCGUGCGUUGUCAGGAAAGCUGUCCGAACCGUGCUGA